AAGCCGUCCGGGGCCGCUUCUGUCCGAGUUGUGGCCGCCAAGCCCGAGCUAUGCGAGCCGCGGGCCUGGGGGCGCGCCCUUCGCUGGCACUACUGCUGCUGCUGGCUGGAGCCCGAGGAUCCACCGGCAGUGCUUUCGACCCCGUCCCGCCGCGCUUCAACGUGAGCCUGGACGCGGCCCCUGAGCUGCGCUGGGUGCCGGUGCUGCGGCGCUACGACCUGGACUUCUUGCGCGCCGCGGUGGCGCGAGUCGUCGAGGAGAGAGUCCCCAGGUACAUCUACUCGGUAGUUGGAAAGUUGAUGGGGAUGCUGGAGCGCUUCCUGCCGCAACCCUUCACUGCUGAGAUCCGCAGCGUGUGCGAAGUCUUGAACCUCCCCUUGACCGACUGCCUCCUCAUCAACCUGGCCUACGAGUCCACGGCAUUCUGCACCAGUAUUGUGGCUCAAGAUUCCAAAGGCCACAUUUUCCAUGGCAGGAAUUUGGAUUAUGGUUUUCAAAGUAUCUUACGCAACUUGACUGUGGAUGUGCAAUUCAUAAAGAACGGGCAGAUCGCAUUCACAGGAACCACUUUUGUUGGCUAUGUAGGACUGUGGACUGGUCAGAGUCCAUACAAGUUUACUAUCUCUGGCAAUGAACGAGGUGGCGGCUGGCAGUGGGAGCAUGUGAUCAAGGGCCUUAUUUAUAGACACUCCAUGGUCAGCUGGCUUAUCCGCUCUACCCUGAGUGAGUCAAACAACUUUGCAGCAGCUGUUUAUAAAUUGGCCAAGACUCCCCUGAUUGCUGAUGUUUAUUACAUCGUUGGUGGCAUGUUCCCUGGGGAGGGUGUGGUCAUCACAAGGAACAGAGAUGGCCCAGUGGACAUUUGGACGCUAGAUCCUUCGAAUGGAGCGUGGUUCCGAGUUGAGACGAAUUAUGACCACUGGAAGCCAGUGCCUGAAGAAGACGACCGAAGGACACCUGCCAUCAAAGCCCUUAAUGCCACUGGCAAGGCAAACCUCAGUCUGGAGACACUAUUCCAGGUUUUGUCAGUAGUUCCAGUUUAUAACAACUGCACAAUUUAUACUACAGUAAUGAGCGCUGCCUACCCAGACAAGUACAUGACUAGGAUCAGACACUGGGGUUAAAAGUGUUUUUUUAAAAAUGAAGUUCUUGAAGAGCUGCACUUUAAAAAAUAAAAAAAGUGAAGUCUUGUACUAUUUUAUAAAAGAUAUGGGCUCCCUCCACAUUAAACUUUUGAGUAGGGGCAUAAGAUCACUUUGGAGUUUGUUUUGGUAAAGUGGGUAAUAAGUAUCGUCCUGCAUUCUCAUUUGCCUUGGCUCUCCCUAAACUUCUUCUGUAGCCCUGGUGGCAUAGUGGUUAAAGAGCUCGGCUGCUAACCAAAAGGUUGGCAGUUCAAAUCCACCAGCCACUCCUUGGAAACCCUAUGGGGCAGUUCUAUUCUGUCUAUAGGGUUGCUAUGAGUUGGAAUCGACUUGAUGACACCUAACAACACAGCAACAAGCUUCUUCUGUCCUAGCUUGAACAACUCAAAGUUAAAUGGUCUUAGAGGUCAUCCUUAGGCUUUAUUCCUAGCUUAUCCAAUAACAUAGAGCUAUGUUACUAGACCUCAGUUUACCAGCUGAGGAAGUGAGCUGGCAAGACCUCUUUGUUCAUUGUAAAGUCCUUCUGGAAGAGCCAAAGAAAAAAGACUUUAAAAAAAUUUUUUUCUAGCUUGAAUAGAGCCUUGUUUCAAUGCUUGUUAGUCUGACCUUUGAUCACGUAUGGAAUUUUAAUUUUUUAUAAUGUUGCUAAUGCAUUUUAAAAAAAUGAUGGACCGUCUUUUUUCUAAGUAGCUACUUUCUUACUGCUUUUGAAAAGCAAAUUAUUUCUGAUUGUUACGUAUCAUUGG